AAAAACUCUUAGGGCGUGAACACUGCUGCCUGAGUAAUUCUCACUUCCACUUCCCAUGUUCCACGUCUGCAUAUGUUCUGAAGAGUCCGGAGAGGAAAGGACACGCUGUGGCAGCGCGACAUUGUCAAGAUGUGGGCCUCAAACACAGGCAGCAAGGCAUCAGAUUCUGACAAUGACAGCUACAUCUCUGAUGACGAUGAGAGGGACAUCCAGUGUGAGAUUCUGGAGAGGCAAAGGGAUGAAGCCAGUCAGAAACUCUCUGAGAUCGAACAAGCCUCUGUGCAGCUGCUGAAGGAGAUUGAUGUCCUGGAGAUACAGUUCCAGGUGGAGCGUACCUGCAGGGAGAGUGCGGAGGCCCUGGCUGUGAAGGUGACGAAAGAAAACAAGGCACUGAAAAGGCAGAGCCAGGCCCUGCUACCAUUCAUACCAGAGCUGCCAGAGAACCUCAGCCUGAUGACCUUUGACCUGGAGAACGAUCCUGGUAACGAUCCCAGUGCUGUGGAAGACGCUGGUGCUGACCUACUCCUGCAGAGUCAAGUCCAGAUUCAAGAGCUCCAGGCCUCUCUGGAUGAUCUGCUGGCAGAGAAGAUGCUCUUGAGCGAGCAGGUGGAGGAGCUGCACAGAGAAAAAGCUGAUCUUAAAGAGCAGCUCAUUCGUGAGGUGCAGGAGAAGGAGGCCAUCUUGAAGAGGAUGAACAAAAAGAGCAGAACUGUGAAUCAGAUGAAGAGAGUAGUCUCCCAGUUGGUUACUGAAGAGUUUGCAGAGAUGUCACAAAAGCUGGAGUUUGAGCAGGGACUGAGACAACAUGCUGAGACCUUCGCCCACCAGGUGCUGGUCCAGAGGCCCAGUGGAGAGGCUGGGCUGCGGCUGCACCAGGCUCUGGAACAGGUGGCCCACAUCAGCAAAUCCCUGGAGGAGAUCCGUCUCCAUUACCUAAACCAGGGUGAGACAUGCUCAGAGCUGCAGGUGCUGAGGGAGCAGCUGGAGGACAGUGAGCUGAAGAGGAGGAGAGGAGAGGAGGAGAGGAGCUUCCAGGGGGCCCAGCUGAUGGACGCCCACAGAACCAUCACUGCGCUGCAUGGACAGGUUAAGCAGCUUCAGGAUAGGCUGGAACUGAAGAGGGAGGGAGAACUUAAUGAAAUGACUCAAUCGAAGGAAGAGAACCCCAGCCCUUCCCAGCCUCCUCCCCCUCCUCCUCCUCCUCCUCCUCCUCCUCUGCCUCCACCUGUUUCAAAGACUGCUGACAAUCCACUGGAUGCACUGAGGAACAGAAGAAAGACGGCAGGAAGUACCACAGACCCAAAUAAGGGGCCCUCGUCUCAAGACAUGAAGUCCAGAGCUGUGGAUGAGAUGAUGGAACGAAUAAAGAAAGGGAUUGUUCUCAGACCUUCCCAGAAACCAUCACAGGGUCGCUUUGAUGAGGAUGACAACAAAGAGCAGAAGAGUGAGAAGAGAAAGUCUGCCAUCGUUGAACUUCAGGGCAUGCUGGACUCCAUGAAGAAGCAGGGACCCAGGAGGGGGGGCUCCCGGAAACGCAUUAGUCGGAACGUGGGGGAGGCGGAGUUACAGUUUGUACUUCAGCGGAGGAGGCGGGCCAUGGGUGACGAGCAGGAAGCCCGACCAACCACACCUGCUGACUCCACCUCCACAACUCCACUCAAACAAGGGAGUGGCCAGACUAUUGCUGCCUCGGCCUCGAGCUCCCUUCCAUGGGCAGGAGAGAGUGGCAGUUCCCCUGUGCUGCGAAGGCUGAAGCAGAACCGGGACAAUAGGAACUCUCGAAUCAGGGCCUCUCAGUGCAUCGUGGAGGAGGCGAAUCCUUAGGGCCCAUGAAGUUGUUUCAAAUGCACACUGAGUUUUUGCGUUGGUUUCAGGUUGCAUUAGAGACUAGUAAGGCUAAGUAUAAUCUAACUCUGUUCAAAAGAGAAAAAAACCUGAAUCUUGAACUGUAGAAUAAAAUUUCCCUUGAACAUGAAAUGAAUAUUUUUGUUUACAACAAAUGUUUAUUUUGUGUCAAUGCAUACAGAGAAGUACAACGAACUGGCAGUGAGUAGGCACAGAGAGAGAGAGAGAGAGAGUGUGUGUACGCGCGCAGCCCCUCCUGAUGCAUACUGUUUUUUCUCCAGUUCAGCAAUUAUAUAACCAUGUUCUUCACGUAUGUCUUAAAACUUUUGCACAAGGUCAGCAUUUGUAAUAAAAAAUUUAAGACAAAA